AUGAACAAGUGGUGGCUGACCACCGGCACAGCCGUGUUGCUGCUGCUCGUCACUUGCGCAGCUGACGCAAAAAAAAAGUGGAAAGCAGACGAAGAUUUUGAAUUCGAAGAGGAAAAUCCAAAGCCUGCAAAUGAUAUCGGCAAGUUUGGAGAAAAAAAGAGAUGGAUUCAUGAUCCAAACAGUGACCUUUGCACACCUCUGCGUUGCAAAAAAAAAGAACUCUGUCUACUUGAAGAUGCAUAUACAGCGGUUUGUGUGAGCAAAAAAGAGAUUCACAAGAAUGGCGAUGUGAUCAUAAGCCGAGAGAAAUUUAUGGCUGAAGAAGCUGCACGAAAGAAAGCUCUUGAAGAGGCUUUAGCUGAAGACGAGGAUGAUGAAGACGAUGGUGAUGAUAUCGAAGAAGAUGAGGAAGAUGAUGAUGAUAUAUUUUAUGAUAGCGGCAUUAGCAGUUCAUUAUCAACAAACAAUAGAUGUAACCCGUGUCCUGUAAUGAAGCCUACAUUCCUAUGCGGUUCUGAUAAUCGUACAUAUAGUUCAUUGUGUCGUCUAGAUUAUCAUAACUGUCUUCAUACAACAAACAUAAAAGUAAACUGCAAAGGAUUUUGUCCUUGCAAAGAACAAGAAGAUGUUGAACGUAAAAAACAAAAACAAGCCGAACGCAUGACAAACUUUAUGAACAAAUAUAAAGCUACACUGGAAAGUGAGAAAUUGAAACAGAGUACUGUUGCUCCAGUAUCCAAAUAUGAAGAAAAGUACAUUUUUGCACCAGAAGAUUUCAAGUAUGAAAACAAACAUUAUAAAUAUAUCAAAUAUAUAAAAAACAACAAUCAAGUAUCCAAGUACUCUAUUUUCGAACCAGUCAAAGACAAACGCCAUGAAAAAAUGGAUAAUGAAGUUAUUGCAACCAACCAAGUAUCUCAUCCUUCUUGGAAUAAAGACUGCCCUCCUUCUGCAUUGCAAUCUAUGGGUGACCGACUAUUAGAUUGGUUUUCAGUGAUCAUGGCUGAUGCUAAACGUAGACGUACAAAGAAUAAGGGAAAAGCUGUAAAAUUCAUUAAUGGAUGCAAGUGGGAAGUUCGCUGGAUGUACCAACAUCUGGAUUUGGAUUCAGAUGGGAAAUUGUCAUUGCAAGAACUUUAUGACUUAGAACAUGAUAAAAAUGAAAUGUGCAUUAAACCUUUCUUAGACACUUGUGAUACUGAUGGUGACAUUUUUGUAAGCCCUUAUGAAUGGUGUCGAUGUUUUGACAAAACCGAUCGUCCAUGCACAGCUAUCAAAAGAAGAAUAUCACCAAAUGCUCUAGGUGUUUAUGUCCCAGCUUGUGAUGCUGAAGGAUACUAUGAGCACACUCAAUGUCAUUCUUCAGUAGGUAUGUGCUGGUGUGUAGACAAACAUGGCGUAGAAGUGCCUAACUCGCGUGUUCGAGGAAAACCAAAUUGCUCAGCCUUAUGGUAUGGAAAAGAAGAUAACCAAAAAGAUAAAUCUGUGGACAAUGGUAUAUUAGACAGUGAUACUGAUAUGGAUGAUGAGGAUGGAGACUCAGAAGUAGAAGGCAGUGCAGAUCAGUCUUUAGAAUUUUAA